AUGUCUUCAUGCACAGAAGUGCUCACAGCAAAGCCCACAAACCUCUCCGUAGCCACGACUCCCAACCAUGAGCUCAAACACAUCGAAUCCGCCAUCCCGGAGCCCGGCGCAGACGAAUGCCUCGUGCAUGUCCGAGCAACAGGCAUCUGCGGUUCUGAUGUCCACUUCUGGAAGCACGGCGCAAUAGGCGAAUCGCUCGUCACCACUGACCUCGGCCUAGGCCACGAAUCAAGCGGCAUCGUCGUCAAGACAGGCAGCAACGUCACAAGUCUGCACGUAGGCGACCGCGUGGCAAUCGAAUGCGGCGUCCCGUGCCUGCAGCCCACGUGCGAACUCUGCCGGAUCGGGAAGUACAACGGGUGUCCGAAUAUUGUGUUCUACUCUUCGCCGCCGGUCGAUGGCACGCUGCGGAGAUAUCAUUGCCAUCCGGCUGCGUGGUUGCAUAAGUUGCCGGAGAAUGUGAGUUUUGAGGAGGGAGCGUUGCUGGAGCCGUUGUCCGUUGCGCUCGCGGGGAUCGAUCGGUCUGGGUUGCGGUUGGGGGAUCCGCUGGUUAUCUGUGGUGCGGGGCCGAUUGGGCUGGUGGUGUUGCUUGCUGCGCACGCGGCGGGGGCGGCGCCGAUUGUCAUUACGGAUAUUGAUGAGAAUAGGUUGAGGAUGGCGAAGGAUCUUGUUCCGAGAGUGCGGACGGUGCAGGUGGAGAGGGAGCAGAAGGCGGAGGAGGUGGCGGGGGAGAUUAAGAAGGCUUUGGGGCGGGAGGCAAAGUUGGUGAUUGAGUGUACGGGGAUGGAGAGCAGUAUUCACGCGGGCAUCUACGCAUCGCGCUUCGGCGGCUCCGUCUUUAUCAUCGGACUCGGAAACCAGACGACGCAACAGUACCCAUUCACCUACGCCUCGUUCCGCGAAAUCGACAUCCGCUUCCAGUUCCGGUACCGCGAGACGUAUCCCAAGGCCAUCACGCUGGUGUCGGAAGGGCUGAUUGAUUUGAGGCCGCUCGUCACCCAUCGUUUCUCUCUCGAAGACGCCAAAGAUGCAUUCGUCGCUGCGUCAACGCCGUCGGCCAAGGCCGUCAAAGUGCAGAUUCUCGAUAGUUGA